GAUAUCAGUUGGAAAGAAACUAAAGCAUGACGAUGAUCUGUGGUGUUUUCGUGACAGCAAUUCUUGCCGCUUUGGCAGUUUCUGUAAUUUCAGUAGAUUAUUAUCCUGAUUCUGGUGAUAUAGACGACUUACCUUUGCUUGAAAGCAGGAUUGUGAAUGGUGAUAUUGCUACAGAGGGUCAAUUUUGCUACUUUGUGCGUGUAGUGGCAUAUGGAGGUCCGCAGAAUGCAAUUAUGCAGCACAGAUGUGGCGGAAGCAUAAUCAGUUCAUGUUGGGUGCUCACUGCUGGGCAUUGUUAUAUUGCCAACCCCAAUGCAUCGCAGCCCAUCACGUACCACAUCGAGGCUGGAUCUAUUAUAUCUGGAGAACCGCAGCAGCUUCAAAUCAUCAUGAAUUCUGAUGCAUUUCUCCAUCCAGGCUAUAAUUUAGACACCCUAGAGAAUGAUAUUUGUCUUAUUAAGACCGAUCCUUUUGUGUUCAAUCAAUAUGUAUGCUCGCUAGAGAUUGCACCACGUUUCUGGAAUUCAGAAUCUUAUGCGGGCAAUACAAUCACAGCAAUGGGCUUUGGAUACAUCACAGACAAUGGACCGGUGUCUGAAUUCUUGCUCUGGACCACACUCACUGUGAUUCCGAAGGCAGAAUGUCAAUCUAUCUACACCGAAGCUGAGAAAUUCGAUCUCCCUCGGACUUGUUUCUGUGCUGUGGAUAUGGACGGACAAACACCAGUUUCUUCAAUCUGCUCAGGAGAUUCUGGAGGUCCGGUUGUAAUCAUGAAAGAAGGAAAGCCAAUUGAAGUCGGAUUGGUGUCAUUUGCACCCCCGUUUACAUCAAAUGAUGGAUGCUCUGCGAAUCCUCAAGGUUUCGUGGACGUCGCUAUGUUUCAUGAUUGGAUUCAAUGGAUAAUGAUGAGGGAACACAAUUACGAAUUUAAGUAUGAAAAAGUGAAGAAACAGAAAGAAAAACACAAAGAAAAUUCUCUUGGUAAUAAAAUUCUUGGUUUGUUGUUUGGAUGAAUUUUUAGUAUUCAAUAUAUAUUAAAAAUAUAUUGUUCU